AUGUUUACUGGUCAGCGAAUUAAGAAUAUUGCAGCCUCGAGAAAUAUCAAUAUGGUUACCUCAACUCCUUAUUAUGCGCAAGCUAAUUGGCAAGUAGAGGCAGCAAAUAAAAUUUUGAUAAGUCUGAUCAAGAAGCAUAUCGGGAAUAAACCUCGAACAUGGCAUGAAAUUUUAAGCCAAGUAUUAUGGGCUUAUCGAAAUUCACCAAGGGGAUCAACAAAUACUUCACCUUAUAAAUUAGUUUAUGGCCAUGAUGUAGUGCUACCACUAGAGAUUAAUUUGAAUACUUUAAGAGUAUCGAAACAGAAUGAUUUGCCAGUCGAUGAUUACUGGAAUGCAAUAUUUGAUGAGUUGAAUGAAUUGGAUUCGGAGCGAAUCCUGGCACUUGAGAGUAUGAUUCGACAAAAAGAGAGUGUUGCUCGAAGUUAUAAUCGUCGAAUAAGAGAAAAUUAUUUCAGUAUAGGUGAAUUGGUUUUAAAAGUUAUUUUUCCCAUGGAAAAGAAAUUGAAAUUCCUUGGUAAAUGGUCCCAUACUUGGGAAGGUCCAUUCCAAGUGAUAGGAUUGUAUUCGGAAAAUGCAUAUCGAAUUAAAGAUAUCAAAUCGGGAAAUAUGAUUGAUUCGAUUAAUGAAAAAUACUUAAAGCAAUAUUUUUGUUUGCCGAUUUGA